AUGAUAAAAUCAGUUACUUUUACCGUUCUAUUUCUCGUAAAUCAUGCAGUCGCUUUAAGUUUUACAAGGCUCCCUGCAACUGAUACUCCUCCAAGCUAUCGGCAAUAUUCAUGUGCAGACUAUUACGCCCUUGAUAAUUCUUUUAUAAUUUUUGGAGGCAACCAAGGGAUUUCUGCAACGUAUAACGCUGUAUGAGAGUUUAAUUUGACUUCAAAUAUAUGACAAAAUUUAGUCCCAAUUUCUGCGAACUCUCCACGUAAUUUUAAAGUUAGUCCCUCGGUUUACACAUGGGUGUUGGGUUGACUCUGAUAAUUCAAUGCUCUAUAUUUUUGGUGGAAACUCUGAUAAUGGCCCUCAAAAUGACAUGUGAGCCUACGAUUUAACAAGCUUGCAAUGAACACAAAUAUCACAAAAAGGCUCAGUUCCUUCUUCAAGAUUUAGAUUUGGGUAUUCUAACUCCUCUUUAUUGUGAACAAGCAACUGUAAAAAUUCUACUUUUGGGAUUUUCCUUCUAUAAAAUAUUUUCAUAUAAAACCUCGUUAAUUUAUAUAAAUUAAUUAAAAUUUCUAUUGAAAAAUUAAACCCUUUCUUAAGAAAUCAAAAAAAAUUCACUAAGGGAGUAAGUAUUUGGAUGGGAGUGGGAAAUUAAAGUUCAUUGUAUUUGGCGGGUCAAAAUCAACAGGCUUUUCAAACUCAUUAUACAUGUAAAAGCAAUAUAGAUUCGACGUUCAAUCAGCUACAUGGACAAAAUACGUAAAUACAACUUCAGUGGCUCCAAGUCGUUUAAACGGUCCUUUAGUUCAAUAUUACAAUGGAUUUAUUUAUGUAUUUGGAGGAGAUGUCACCGAAAACAAAGACGUAAACAAAGACUCAUCCAACACUGAUACUUUUCGAUUUGAUUUAUCAUCGAACUUAUGGAUAAAUAUUACAAACCCCAGCUAUAAAUAUGAAUACAGAUAUUUUUCAGGAAGCAUUAUCUAUAAAAAUGCAGCCUAUUUAUUAUAUGGGUGAUCUGAUAACAUCAAUGGUGAUGUAAAAAAUAUUAUGAAGCUUGAUUUCACAGACCCAGACUUCAAAUGGGUUGAAAUGAGUGUCUCUUAUAACUCUGGUGAAGAAAGUACCAUUCCUAGAGACUCCUUUGCAUAUGCUGCUUCAGAUACUUCUUUUUAUAUAUUUGGAGGCUAUAGUAACACUUUUGGAAUAAUGAAUGACCUUAUCCAGUUUGAUCUUGCCAAAAAUCCACUCACUUAUAAAAAGUUAAGUGAUCUUUUUAAUGGACCGAGUUCUCGUGAGAGCCAUUCUCUUUGUGUGAUGGAUGGGCUUCUAUAUCUGUUUGGAGGCUAUAAUGGAAAUGCUUAUAUGAAUGAUUUGUGGAUUUAUUAUCCAGAUGAUGCCCUUUGGGAAUCAGUCAAAGCACAAGGAACAACUCCAACAGCCAGAUCUGGCCAUGCUGCAAGCUCUCAAGGAGACGUUAUGAUCAUUUUUGGGGGGAAGGACAGCUCUGGGUAUUUAAAUGAUAUGUAUCAGUUUAAUACAUUGUCAGAAAUAUGGCAGCAGGUUGUGCCAACCUCGAGUUCUAGUCCUAGCGCAAGGACAGGAGCAUGCAUAAAAAUAUCAAUGCCUUAUAUCUUUAUUUUUGCUGGAAAAACCAGUGCAGGGCUAUCAAGAGAAGUAUGGCGAUAUGACAGCGGAACUAAUGAAUAUACACUAAUUUAUGAUGGAACCGGGGAAGGAGGCCCAACCCCAGUUAUUGGCCCUGUAUGUGAGCUGCAAGUCGAUGAAUAUGGAAAUAUAAACUUAAUCUCUAUGUACGGAACUGCUGAUGGAGAAGUUCCAUUAGGAGACAUAGACUCUUUUAAUUUCACAACUAAAAUAUGGACGAAAAUCUAUACUACAAAUGGCGCAACCCCGCUCACAAACAGAGCGCAAGCAGCAGUUAAAAAAAUGAACCAAACUAUUGUUGUAAUGGGCGGUGAGCAAUGGUCAACUGAUGUUUUCAAUGAUAUUUAUAUUUUAAGCCUCAACACAAAUACUUUUACGACAAUAUCCAGUCUUCCAGAUUAUUACUAUAAUUCUGCUUUUACAUACUAUAAAACAACUCUUUAUUUGCAUGGAGGAGGAGCUGUUUUUGGCCAAGCGAUGAGAACUUCAGUGACAAAAGCAAGCUUUUUGGAAAUAGACUUGAAAUGUCCCAAUAUGAGUCCUUGCCCUUAUACGUGCAGCCCAGGGACUUAUCUAACCUUUUAUAAUUCCAGCAAGCAAAUAUUAACUGCAUUAUAAAAUUUAGGUAAAGAAAAUUUUACAAUUCUUGGCUUAAAAUAUUAUAAAUAAUAUAUUAAGUUUCUACACUUAAACAUCUACAAUUGACAAAAUUAAAAAAUAUUUAUUAGUGUGUCUAUUGAUUAGGAAAGUUAAGUAGCAAUUCAUGCAUAGAGUGCUCAAAAGGUAGCUAUGCUGAUGAUUAUGGGCUUUCUUCAUGCUAUCAAUGUCCUAACUCCCCAUCCGUGAGCGAACAAAAAAAUUUUUUUUCGCAUACGGAGGGUUAAUUUUUUUUUUUUUAAAAUUUAUUUUUUCGAAAAAAAUCUUAAUUCGCGCAAAAAUUGGAAAGGAAAUAUGUUUUAAUUUAUAAAAUUUAUGUUCUAGUAUUCAAUUUAUUUAGAAUUAAACUGAAUUAGGAAGAGAUUUCAUUAUAAUAAUUAUCAAUUAUAUAUAAAAUUUUUUUUGCAUAAAAAAUUUUUGUUCAUUCACGGAGGUGGAUUUUUGGGCAAAAAAUAGGGAUUUUUCCAAUGUUUUUGUUCGCUCACGGAGGGGGGAGUAAAGGUAGUUUUAAUCCAUCUAAAGGAGCCAACACUGCCAGACAGUGCUAUCCAUGCAGCCAAAAUUCUUUCAGCAACAACGAAGGAGCUUCUGUGUGUAUGAAUUGCCCAGCAGGCAAAACUUGUCCUGUAGGAAGCACUGUGCCUUUAGAUGAUUCUGUAGAUGCUACAUCUGAAUCAAUUCAGCCUAAACUCUAUGGCAAAACUGACGGUGAUGCUCAAAGUGCAACGAAUUUCAUGGUUAUUGCUGUCAUGAUUGUCGCCUUUUUCGUAUUUAUUUUGAUUUACUUUGUGAAAACUGCAAGAAAUCAGUUAUUAUCAAUAGACUUAUACUCAGAUAAACAUAACUACAAACUUGAUGCUCCAAUGAAGCUUAUGAAAACCAAAAUAGGGGGUCUUUUCAGUAUUUUUUUCAUAAUUCUUGCCAUCAUUCUGAUCUGCUCUGACAUAAUAACUUAUGAUCUAAAUAAUAUAGAAGAAACAAAGGCAUUGGUUCCAUUGGUAACUUUGGAAAAUGAUGUCUCAGUCUUCCCUGCUUCUAUAAUGAUCAUAACUACUUUUUAUAGAUAUGGUGGAGAAUGUUCAGAAAAAAAAGUAUGCAAAUCAUCUAUAACCCAUGAGUUAUAUUACAUAACUUAUGACUAUCUUAAUGUGGAAUGCGAAAUGACUUCAGAAAACGACUGUACUAUUACUUUAUAUUGUACAAACUGUGUGAUUGAGACUGGAGCUUAUGUCCAGUAUAACCUUUUGGAAGUUUCUAGCUACACUUCUGCAAUUAGUGUAAAUGUCACAUCGACAUCAUCAAUUCCAAAUGAAAUUAGUAGCAUUAACGAAGUUCUUAUUCCAGAUGAAAAUUCAGUUUUUCGAGGCUAUAACCCAACAAAAUUCUAUUUUACUAUGACUCCUUCGCUGUUCAUAAUGUAAAUAUGAUGUCGCUCGAAUCUACUGAAAAUUCAUCUCAUACAAUUUUUUUAAUUAUGAGGUUUGGUUUUUCUUUGUGAAAUUAUCCCCAGCUAUGCUAGGGAAGCAAGAGUCGGUGACUUUAAGGAAUCGAGUUUUCCAGAAAGUAUCACCUUUAGGAUGCCUGACGGACCCUAGGAGGUACCUGAGCUCAAAGAAAAGCUAUCAAAGCCCAAACUUCAAGACUGGUGUCCUCAAUAGUGCAACAAAGUCAAGUUGGUCACACUUUGGCGGGCAGAGGAAGCUGGUGCGAAAUUUCGCCCAAAGCAGUAUUAGAGGCAGGUUUGGCAGCGAGCAGCCUGAUAGUGGAUUUUAAACAAAUAAUAAAUCUAAAUGAAUUGAAUUGACUCCAUCGCUAUUCAGAUCAUAUGUUUCUGAUUGGGCUAGCAAAAUAACUGGAUAUCAUGUAUCAAUAGCUUCUUCACCAGUUGGAGGCUCACAAUAUACAAUAACAGAGUAAUUUUUAUUUAGGCUCCCAUUUACUUCUGACUUGAAGCUGCAAAUUUGGCUUGAUAAAAGUGACACAAGUUUAUAUACAACGAGGCUGGCAAAACAAACUUUUAUUACAUUAAUAAGCACUUUAUUGGGCUCAGUUUUUGGAGUUAUGAGUGCCAUUGGAGGAGUUAUGAGGAUUUUUGAAAAGUCUUGGACUAACACUGAUGCAGCAAUCAAGCACAAGAAAGCGAAAAAUGAACUUUUAGAUAACAGAAACGACUAUAAGAAUAUGCUACAAGAUGAUCCACGGUUAAAAGAUUUUGGCGAGGAUACAAGUGUAAUAAGCUGCCUUGAAGAUUCAUAUAUAUAA